CCAGCAGCCUCACGGAAUUUUAGCACAGCUAGGAAAAAAAAAGGAAGAGGUUUCAUUUGUAGCACUAAAGCCUGCUGCAGUCCUAACAACAGAAGGUAGAGUCCAGAUUUGCCGUGCGUUUGCCGCAACUCCCAGACAAUCUGCGGCGUCCGUACGAUGCCUCAACCACGUCAGCUGCUGCUCCUCACCAUCAUAGGCCUCUUAGCAGGAGUCGCGAACCUCCCAAUCACCGCCAGAGCGCAAAAUGGGACACGUGUCGCCGCUGGAUCGUGGAAUUGCGAUAUUUCCAAGGGAUGGUGGAUUUCCGCCAAUCGCCAUCUACCGCUCUACACCGGACUGAAGUGUCCGUACAUCCGCUCCAGCCAGAACUGCCAGAACCAGGGGCGCCCCGACCUCCAAUUUCAGAAAUACAAAUGGGUGCCCUCAGGCUGCACGGUGCAGCGAAUGACACCCAAGCGACUCUUGACUCGCCUUCGCAACAAGCUGGUGCUGGUGUUCGGCGACAGCGUUUCGAAGAACUUCGCCGGGUCCGUCGCGUGCGUGCUGCACGCCGCGUCGCCCAGCUCCAUCCAGGACUUCCGCGUGGCCAGCGGCAACACCAAGGCGUACGGCGUCAAGGUUCCUCGUUUCAACGCUCGCUUCGCCUCAGUGUUUUCCAACUGGCUCAACCAGGCGAGCGGGCUGGGCGGCAGCAUGAACCGCGUUGACCUGGAUAAGAUCGACCCGCAGAUCACCGAUCUCCUGCCACUGGCCGACAUUGUCGUUUUCCAGGCCACCAACUGGUGGUUCCCCGCUAUCAACAAGUGGUAUGUGGGCGGCAAGGAGCAGUCGUUAUCCAAGGAGGCGGCCUAUGAGAUUGGGCUGAAGACGCUGCGGGACUACGUGGCCAAGUCGGGCUUUAAGGGCCGCGCCGCCUUGCUGGGCGUGUCUCCGUCCCACUACAAGGUCCCCGGACUCAAAGAGGGGUCGUGCGAGACCAGCAAGAUUCUCACAGCAGCGCAGGCACAGGAAUUUGCGAAGGGUGACAUCACCGGCAAUAAGUUCAGGGAGAUCCAGAAGAGGGUUCUCUCAGGGUCUCCGAUUCGCUACGUUGAUGUUGCCCCUAUGAGCAACUAUCGGCCCGAUGGGCAUGUCCAAAAAUGGAUGCAGAAAGGGGGGGCUCCACCUGGCAAGAGAAAUGAUUGUCUCCAUUGGUGUGAAGGUGGUGUCACAGAUGCUUGGCUUGAAAUGCUUUUCAACAACCUUUUAUUUUAGGGGUUUAGUUAGCUGUUCGAUUGUGUGCAUCAUGUAACGUGAAGCUAGGCAUCAUAGUUUUCUCUAAAUGAAGAAUGCCUAGUAUUUGAUUAUAUAAAUAAAAGCCUUACGA